CGGUCGACUCACUACGCGGGUGGAUUACGCUGUGUUUACUCGGUUCUGCGCUUGACGUAACUAAUUAAUUUCUGGUGUUAGUACCGUCGAGAUUUCUAGAAACGUUUAAAAUCAUAUAUUUUUCGGUUUACUUUGUUAGGAAGUAAGUUUUUCUUGUACAUUACUCGCGAAUUAAUUUAAUAACUCUAGCGUUAAGUUUGUCUCUUAUGUAGUUAGUUAUCUGAACUCCAAAACACUAAUGCAGCCAUGACCAAGCACCUAGUUAUAUAGGAAUCUGUGCACAGUUUUGCAGUUUUUGUUUCUAUGACCAGGAAUAAUAUCCGAUAAUAAAUAGGGUACCGUGCGCGUUAGAGGGACUGUCAUCUUGUGGCCUGAAUCGGAACCAUAAACAUGUUAACCGGAGUAUGAGUCCUGGAUGUCGUCAAGCGCAACAGUGACGGGCGCGCCGCCCGCCCGCAUGGCGGAGCCGCGCCCCGGCAAGCACACCGUGCACUGGUUCCGCAAGGGGCUGCGCCUGCACGAUAACCCGGCACUGCGCGAGGGCCUCAACGGCGCCGUGACGCUGCGCUGCGUCUUCAUCAUAGACCCCUGGUUCGCUAGCUCGUUCAACGUUGGAAUUAAUAAAUGGAGGUUCCUCUUACAAUGCCUGGACGACUUGGACAGCAGCUUGAAGAAGCUGAAUUCGCGGCUGUUCGUGGUGCGUGGGCAGCCGGCGGACGCGCUGCCCAAACUGUUCCGCGAGUGGGGCACCACCGUGCUCACCUUCGAGGAGGACCCCGAACCCUACGGCCGCGUGCGCGACCACAACAUCAUGUCCAAAUGCCGCGAGGUCGGCAUCACCGUGUUGUCACGUGUUUCGCACACAUUAUUUAAGUUGGACAAGAUUAUUGAAAGGAACGGUGGCAAGGCGCCGUUGACAUACCACCAGUUCCAAGCGCUGAUAGCGAGCAUGCCGCCGCCGCCCGCCGCCGAGGCGACCAUAACGCCGCAGCUCUUCAACGGAACCGUCACGCCCAUCUCGGACGACCACGACGAGCGCUUCGGCGUGCCUACACUCGAGGAACUAGGUUUUGAAACAGAGGGGCUAAAACCGCCGGUAUGGAUCGGCGGAGAGAGCGAGGCUUUAGCGAGGCUAGAAAGACAUUUAGAACGGAAGGCGUGGGUCGCUUCAUUCGGGAGACCAAAGAUGACGCCGCAGUCCCUGCUAGCAAGCCAGACCGGCUUGUCACCGUAUUUAAGAUUUGGAUGUUUAUCAACAAGGCUGUUUUAUUACCAAUUGACCGAAUUAUACAAAAGAAUUAAACAAGUGCGGCCGCCAUUAUCCCUUCACGGGCAGAUUCUGUGGAGAGAAUUCUUUUAUUGUGCGGCUACUCGAAACCCCAAUUUUGACCGAAUGGAAGGAAACCCUAUAUGUGUACAAAUACCCUGGGAGAAGAACCAAGAUGCCCUAGCGAAGUGGGCAAAUGGUCAAACUGGAUACCCGUGGAUCGACGCGAUCAUGAUACAGUUGCGCGACGAGGGCUGGAUACACCACCUGGCGCGGCACGCCGUCGCCUGCUUCCUCACGAGAGGGGACCUCUGGAUCUCAUGGGAAGAGGGCAUGAAGGUCUUCGACGAGCUGCUGCUGGACGCGGACUGGUCGGUGAACGCCGGCAUGUGGAUGUGGCUCUCGUGCUCCUCCUUCUUCCAGCAGUUCUUCCACUGCUACUGUCCCGUGCGCUUCGGCCGCAAGUCCGACCCCAACGGAGACUUUAUCAGAAAAUACAUCCCGGUACUGAAGAAGAUCCCGACGCAGUACAUCCACGAGCCGUGGCUGGCGCCCGAGGCCGUGCAGAUCGCCGCCAACUGCGUCGUGGGCCGCGACUACCCGCUGCCCAUGGUAGACCACAGCAAAGCCUCCAAGAUUAAUAUCGAACGCAUCAAGCAGGUCUACGCCCAGCUUGCCAAAUAUUCACCACAUGGUAAUGUCCUGAAUCCAAACAAUGUCCAGAGACCUAACGCAGUACUGUCAUCGCCAAGCCCUUCUUCUAUAAUCGCAAGCAUCAACCAGUCGAACUACCUGUGCAGCAAGUCUCCCGACCCGCCACAAAACUCGCAAACUCAAGAAGGAAAAACGUACAAGGAAAUUCCGAACUACAAUGACACGAACAGGACUCUGCGGCCCCAAAAGAUUGGCUCGCCUAAGCCGCCACCCUUCAAAGAAAUCGUAAUUGUGCCCAUAGUACAAAACACUAAUGUGAAUCACGAGAAGGUAGCAGACGGCAGAACUUAAUGAGCAGGCACAGCGCGGACGUGCAAUGUUGCUCGGUUCGCCUUCAAGAACGUUAUGUGCCGUAAAAUAAAUUAAAAUACCGACAGAUUUAUGUAUAUACUCGAACAGAAGAGAAAAUCGUUGCGAUUGCUGUAAUCGGCAAUUUGUAACAUGAAGAUAGACAGACGGCCCGAAUUCUAAAGUUUAUAAAUAUGAAUUUGUUUUUAUAUGCGCCGGAUUGGAAUUUUAUACGCAACGCUUAGCCUCGAUAUUGACGAAGCGGAGUAUAGUGUGUGCGCAGUAGAAGUUGGGUUCACGGCAAUUAAGGGCUGUGCUCGCUGCUCGCGGGUCAAAUUAUGUACAAGAUAUUUGCAGUUUCUUAACCUUUUCGCAAAGGAUUAACAAAAUAAUAGGGUUAAAUGGUUCUGUAAAUAUGUCAGAAAACUGCAAAGACAGUUGUUUUGUAUGUAAAUUGACCCGCGAAUAUUCUCCUAAGGGUAUAUCAUUAUUAUUGUUAUGUACCUGACAGCACCGCUGCUGAGAGUAUACGACGUCUCACCUGCGACACUUUAAUUAAUAAUAAAAUUUUGUACGUGUCUCACAUUUUAUGUAUUUUUAUGUAAUUGGCGUUAGGAAAGUAAGAAAUAAUCUAAUAAAUGUUACAAAAUCUAA